UGUUAUCAGGUACUUCAGGUGGCAGCCAGCCGGCCACUCUACUCUCAGCACUCAAAGAGGAAACGUGGAGUAAAGCUUUUACCCGACGGUGAAGUCUCAGACACGUUCUCGAGGCCCAAGGGAGGCAGUUGUGGUCAUUAGCGUAUUGAAUCCUUAACCCUCACUGUUGAAAAUCAAGAACCUUCACUGUAGUUAAAGGCGCCAUGUCUGGCCUUCGGUGUGUGUGCAUGUUUCUUGUACUGUUUCUCGCUGCGUCAACGGUCACUGCUGCUCUCAAGCAGCCGCCCCUGCUGAUCAAGGAGACCGCGGCCACCAACACACAUAUCCAACAUCUCCUUCAGAAUCUACAAGAAACGGAGACCUCAGGCACCACCACCACAGUGCCCCCAGCCACCACCACAGUGCCUCCAGCCACCACCACAGUGCCCCCAGCCACCACCACCACAGUGCCCCCAGUCACCACCACAGUACCCACUACAAACUACAGCCGGGUGACCGUAGAAGGUCUGGGGACAGCCAGAGGAACGAUUUUAAAGUCAUUUCUUGGACGUGAUUUUUACGCCUUCAUGAGCCUGCCAUACGCCAAGCCUCCUGUGGGGGACUUGAGGUUCAGAAACACUGAAGCCUGGGAGGGACGCUGGACGCAGGAGGUGGACGGGGACUACGAGGCCACCUGGCUCAGGCCCAAGUGUCCCCAGAUCUCCCUGCUCUUCAGCGACGUUAUAUCUGGUAGCGAAGACUGCCUUCACCUUAGUAUUUAUACCCCGCUGCUGCCAGAUGAUAUGCCUGAAGGUGAGCUGCUUCCAGUUAUGUUCUGGAUACACGGUGGAGCCUUCACUACCGGGGACGCCAGCCUCUACGUCCCCACCAAGCUGAUGGACCGGGACGUGGUGGUGGUAGUGGUCCAGUACCGUCUGGCAACACUGGGCUUCCUCGCCGGCGGCAUCCCCGAGGCGCCGGGCAACAUGGGGCUGCUCGACCAGAUCACUGCUCUCCGCUGGGUGCAGCAAUAUAUAAGCAACUUCGGUGGUGACCCUGACCUAGUCACUGUCUUCGGCCAGAGCGCUGGAGGAGCCAGCUCCUCCUGGCUACAACUCACCCCCCUUACUAAUGAGACAGCGCCUCAGAACAACGGUCGUCAACUGUUUCAUCGCGUAAUUCCCGAGAGCGGGUCGGCCCUCGAGGUCUGGACCCUGGACAGUAACCCUCAGGAGUCCUACGACUACAUGGCCUCCCUCCUCAACUGCUCCAGCCUCGACUGGUCCUCUGAGGACAAGGUCGCCUGCAUGAGGACCAGGACCUUCCAGGAGGUCACUUGGGCCUCACUUAAGAUUUAUGCUGAUGAUCGUAAAGUUGGAGGUCUAGGCUUCCGGGGGUUGAGUCCCGUGGUGCAGGAGGAGCUGGCCCCUCCCGCCAACCACAGCCUGGAGGUGGUCGUCCCCCAGCACCCGAGACUCAUCCUGCAGGAGGGAGAGUUCCUGAGGGUGCCCGUCAUGACCGGCAGCGUCCGCGACGAAGGAUCGCUCAUCAUCGGCCUCUCCUACAAGGACUACCUGUACCCCAACCAUCACUACACCAACGACACAGAGUUUAUGAGGGACAACGCUCUCUCCACACUCAUCAAUGCCUUUGGUAUUGAUGACGUCAACGGAGCGGUCACCGACACAAUGCAGGUGGCCUACCUUCCCCACGCCACCAUGGGCGUCUGGAACACUAUGGUCGGGGGCAUGAUUGAUGAACCCGACACCUGACGGAGCACAAGGCGAGGGUGAGAAGUGGGAGGGUGACAUAGAGAAAUGGCUGCCCUUCUCCCUCUCUCAGCCAAACUUCAUGCUCGUCUCAGACAACUUCACAGUCCAAGAGGACUUUCUCACACGUUGGAAUUACCACAGAGACACAGUUGAACCCACCACCACCCUCAAGCCCCCGAGCCCGACUCUCCAGCCGGAGAUGGUCAGCAAGGCUGACUACGACCAGCAGGUGAAGGAGAAGAAACACUUCCAGAUCGCCACCGGUGUCCUGGGAGGGCUGGCUGCCUGCGCGCUCUGCAUCUUUGCUGUCCUCUUGUUUAGGAAGAGAAACGUGAAAGAUGAUGUACGGUGUUGACGACGGUGUUCCUUGUCAUGCAGCUGUUGAUGUGUCGACGACGGUGUUCCUUCCCUUGCAGCUGUUAAUGUGUUGACGGCGGUGUUCCUUGUCAUGUAGCAGUUGAUGUGUUGACUUCAUUGUUCCUUCACCUGCAGCUGUUGAUGUGUUGACGACGGGGUUUCUUGUCAUGCAGCAGUUGAUGUGUUGACAGGGUAGUUCUUUCACAUGCAGUCACCUCUCAACAGCUAGUUUAUGUUUGAUAGAGUGAGCUGCAGUGAAGCUGUGUCUGGGAUAUUAACUUUGUGAACUAUGUAAAUUAGAAAGCAGACCCGCCACACAUAUUGUGUUAGAGAGUCUGGAUGUAAAUAAUGAAUCGAUUGAAUUAUAUUCUCACUUGAUGUAUAAUACUGAUGACUUAUACUUAAUAACUUUAAGUAGCCGGAGCUUCAAAUUAAAUGUGAGUGUCAUCAACCUUAUCAUGUGUUUAGAGAUUAAUGCACCCAUGGUAUCUUUGAGACGGGCGAUCCUCCAUAGAUAUAAAGAUUUAAUUGCAUAUGUAUCUGCAACAUAUUUAACAUGUUUAGUAGAGCACAUAUUUCUAGUAAUUUCCACAUCUAAUAUGUUAUUUGAUUGAUUAUAUAUAAAUAUUUGUUGGUAACUUUAUUAUAAGUUGAUAUAUAUUGGUACUUAGUGAUAUAACCAUCAAUGAAUUUGGUUAUGGGAAGCAGUGGCUAACCAACGUUGAUUGUAAGCGCAAGAUUGGAAAUAUAUAGAAGAUAACGAGACUAAACACGUACUCAACAGUCACAACAGCAGCAACACGGUUCUGUUGCUGCUGUUGUACUCUUUGUGCUGGAUAGCACAUUAGCUAUUUUGUGCUAAUGUACUAUCCAGUCUCUUUUUAUAAAGCCUCUUGCAGCUUUCUGAUCAUUUCUACUCCCCUCACAGUAGUUUAGACAUUGCUAUUACCAUCUCGUCCAAUCUUUUAAGAUAGUCAUUAGGAUAUUUUUGGACAUUUUAUUUAUUUUUAUUUAUAUUUAAAUCUAUUAACAUAAUGGCAGCUCUGUGGCCCCUUCUAGAUACUGGCGUAGCAGGGUCAUGCGAUUAACUUGACCAACCCGGGGUAAAUAGUUGCUUGCCCAAAUCUUAUAGGUCACGAUAUCACAGCUAAAUCACGAGAUCGACUUCUGUUCGCUAGGAUAUCAGAAAUAAAGUGCUAGAUCCAGUCAGAAGAAAUCAGAAAUUCUUUCCGUGAUUUCACAGAAUGAAUCUUUUUAUUCACAGUAUCAGAAAUCAGAAAGAGGCUUUACUUGCGUGUGUGUUAACCGGUGCCUCGCUGCAACAUUUAGAACAUGGCAACAGUAAGGGCCGCCUCUUGUGGUCCUCCACUUUCUUGACGCAGGAGAAGGCAACAGACAAGGUGUAGAUGGGUACUGAAUAUUGGUAAAGAGUUGAACUGAUGUGUCAAAAGACGCAAAAGAAGUGUCAAGCUCCCAGUUGUGAACGAAGUUGGUGUUCAAAACACAAGUACUUCUUCGGGCGGAAGGAACCAAGAAGUGUACUCUCUUCUUAAAUCUAAAAAGUUGCGCAAUAAGAUCCAUUUGGAACAUAUCGAGGAAUUGACUUCUACCAUCUUAAGAGCAAUGGCAGACAUUACACUCAUGUUGGUGCCUGGUGGCUGUGUUGGUGCCUGGCGGCUGUGUUGGUGCCUGGCGGCUGUGUUGGUGCCUGGCGGCUGUGUUGGUGCCUGGCGGCUGUGUUGGUGCCUGGCGGCUGUGUUGGUGCCUGGCGGCUGUGUUGGUGCCUGGCGGCUGUGUUGGUGCCUGGCGGCUGUGUUGGUGCCUGGCGGCUGUGUUGGUGCCUGGCGGCUGUGUUGGUGCCUGGCGGCUGUGUUGGUGCCUGGCGGCUGUGUUGGUGCCUGGCGGCUGUGUUGGUGCCUGGCGGCUGUGUUGGUGCCUGGCGGCUGUGUUGGUGCCUGGCGGCUGUGUUGGUGCCUGGCGGCUGUGUUGGUGCCUGGCGGCUGUGUUGGUGCCUGGCGGCUGUGUUGGUGCAAAUAUAUGAUGCGAGUCAUUUAUUAAUUUAUGUUUCCUUUAUUGUGAGUGCCACUUACUAGUGAUAAUAUUAACCUAGAUAAGAAUAUUAUUCUUUGCCCUGAUACUUGGCUCAUUGAUGUGUUUUUCCUUGCGGGUUGAUACACAGAAUUCUUUGCUUCUUGUGCACAGGCCAGCUUACCAGAAGGUUUAUAUUUUUGUGUAUUUAUUCAUUCUGUUUACUGUGCAACUGUGUAUAUGUUGUCAUGUGUGACUAUUAGUGUUGGCGAUUAUUAACAAUGUGUUAUUUUAGUGCAACACACCAGCAGCAAGGUAUGUGUAAUUAUAGUGUGUAUGUUGAUUAUAUAGAACACACCAAGACUCUCGCCCUUGUUAAUAUUUACUCCUGCGGUAUUUAUUUUCCAGGACACAUAACAUUUGUUUGUUCCAUUAUUAUACGUAUUAAGUGUC